AGUUCUUUGCCCUUUUUGUUUAUGUAUGGCACUAUAAAAACCAGUGGUUGAUAAAGUCUUGUGUUCGAAUUCAACAUUCUAACAGAGAAUUAUGCAACUCUCGUGUGUAUUUUAGUGCCUGCGCGAAUUUGCUUCUUCGCGAGCAUGUUCGGGUAUUUAGGCAGGCAGGAAACAAGAGUCCGGUAGAAGUCUGAACGUCCGAUUUCGGCCACGCGAAAUGUUUUAGUUCGACUCCCAAAUUUUUGAAAUACGAAAUUAUUCGGGAGCCAGUAAAUACAAGGAAAAAAAUUAUAUAAGACUAAGCUGAAAAGCAGUUUUUGAAAAAGGGUCGUACGCAAAUUGUGAAAUUGAAUUUGCAACUCUCGUAUGUGAAUUUAUUUCCAACAAAAUCUGAUAGGUCCAGUAGAGUUUUGAAUUACGACAAAAACUAGAAGACGGUGUUCUUUUUUCGAAUUUACUUCAGCGCGAAAUGAUUCCCUAUGGAGUUCAGUCAACUGUGGUGUUGCCCUCCAGCUCGCCUGUGCUGGCCAUCUUUUUUGCUAUCCACGAAAAUGAUUCGCUUCUGUUUGUUAUACAAAGGGAUAUGAUCUGCGUACUUAAAAACGACAACGUUUUGGCUAAAUUCGUUAGUAGUAUACAGAUGCCUGUGAGCCUUGCACGCCAUCAGCUCGUUCUGACUAAGUCUGAUUCGAGAAUGCUGACAGUUAUUUACAAGAACAGAGCUCUUCACAACGUUACUUGCAGCUUUAAGGAAAAACUUGAUUGUUUGAGUUCUAGCGAGGGGGAAUUCUACACUGCCUCCGGCGCACGAAUUCAUCGCCACGAUCUUAACGACAAUCAUCAGCUUCUACGGACGUUCGCAGCUUCAGUAAAGGCACUAGCCAGUGCCGAUGCAAAACUUCUUGUUUUACUUCCAAAUAGUCUCCAUUUACUUAAUCCGCUGACAAAUCAGGAUCUCGUUGAGGUAGCCUCCAAUGCGUCCAGUCCGAUUCAUAUCUUCUGGACCAUGUCAUUUCAGCACAAAGUUUGGUUCGCCGCUCACAUCCGACCUGAUCCGAUGAGUACAAAUCGACGCCACAGACUUCUUAUGGCUGAGCUCGACGAAACAGUGAUCUCAAAGGAUAUCACCCCGGAUGAUAUUGACUGCAAUCGUUCGCUUACGUCUCGACUAAGUGGAAACAAACUGGUAACCUUAGCCAAUAACGGCAAUACCUUGUUGAUUCAUGCUAUUGAAGAUUUUGGUACGGUUAAACUUCUGUACCGUGCCGAAGCGACUGAUAUAACCUUCACAGCUGUGGAGAUCCUUGGAAAGUCGAAGGCCUGUACAGCCCCAACAUUGGCUGUGGGCACGUCCAAUGGAGCCGUAGCUUUAUUUCGUCAAUUGGACAGACCUACAAUUUGACAGAUUCUGCUAAUAAAAUGAAAGAAAAGCUAAUGAUCGAUAAAAGAUCGUAGAAGGGUGAAGCAAACCGACCUGCAUUGAUGCUGUUUAAAGCAUGAUAGCAAGAGCGAAAUAACCCAUGCAUAUCGCAAACUUAAGCUAUUAAGCUUUCUUGUAGCAGUAAUUUCAAAAUAUUCUCAUAUGAGCUCUUUGAUGCUGGACAAAGGAAGUUAGAUAGAUCUAAGUGCAGAAUCAUGGAUACUGAAAGUUCUGUAAAAUCAAGCUGUUGUAUGUAUUUCCGGUUGCCCUUGCAUCAAGUCAAAAUAAACAAAGCGGCUUUGUCGCAAAUCUGUUAUUUAUUCUGAGUUGAAGGAGCUCGUAUUCUGAAUCCGGCCAAUCCCUAAUGGAUAGCGGAAUCAAUAAAAAGGUUGUUAUUGACAUGCAAUACUCAUUCUCAAAGGAGGUAUAUUUAUUUAGGCGAUAUUUGUGUUUCAAGUAAAAUAUAAUAACGCGAUAGAAAUAUAAAUAAUUUUUUAUUGACACACGUUUUAUAGCACAUAAACCUGAGAUGUAUAUAUAUUCACUUAAGGUCUGACGGUUGAUUUCGGCAUACGGAUUUUUCAAUAGUUAAAUCUUCAAGUUGGCCAAAAGCGUAGCAAGACCAAGUGAAAGAGAUGCUGUGGCGACGCGCUGCUGGUUUCUAUAUCAGAGCGCCAUUGCUAAGGACGUCGAUUCGAACAAAACGGAUUCUGGAAAAGGUCGAAAGUCUCGAAUCUACUAGCGGCAAAAUAAACAUAAACAUUGGGACCAUUGGGCACGUGGACCAUGGCAAGACGUCGCUGACCGCAGCGAUUACAAAAUACCUGGCAGAGAAGGGAACCGGAACGAAAUAUGUUAGUUAUGAAAAUAUCGAUAAAGCCGAAGAAGAAAAACGUCGAGGAAUCACAAUAAAUGCAUCACACGUUGAAUAUGAGACAGAUAAACGGCAUUAUGCACACACGGAUUGUCCUGGACAUGCGGAUUUUAUUAAAAACAUGAUUUGCGGAACAGCACAGAUGGACGCCGCAAUUUUGGUUGUCGCAGCGGACGAUGGAUGUAUGCCACAGACCAGCGAGCAUCUACUUGUAUGCCAACAGGUCGGAGUAAAGAAGAUAAUUGCAUUCAUAAAUAAAGCUGAUUUAGCUGAGAAAGACGUUCUGGAACUGAUCGAGAUGGAGAUUCGUGAUCUUAUGGAAUCAUUCAACUUUCCAGAUGCACACUGGUGCCCCAUCAUUUACGGUUCAGCGAAGAAGGCACUUGAAGGCAGCAAUGAGCCUUAUGGUCAACCGGCUAUUAAGAAACUACUGGACCACAUGGACGAAUAUAUAGAACCGCCGCAGCGAGAUAUCAGAUCUCCAUUGCAUGGGCCUAUCGAAGGUGUUGUAACUGUUAAAGGCCGAGGCACCGUUCUAAUUACGACUUUGGAUAAGGGGACAGUUAGGAGAUACGACAAAAUCGAAAUCACAGGAUUCAACGAGAAGGUCCCAACCACUGUGUCAGAUAUCCAGGCUUUUGGCAGACAGCUGAGCCAGGCCCAGGCGGGAGACCAUGUGGGUCUUUUGUGUCGAGGCGUUAAAACGAGUGCCGUCUGCCGAGGAAUGUCUGUGGUUGCUCCAAACGCAUAUGAAAUUCAUAAUCGUUUCACGGCCAACAUGUACCUGCUCAACCGUGGAGAAGGCGGACGCAAAAGGCCGAUAUCCACAAAAUAUAUUAUGCCUCUCUUCGCGAAAACCUGGAACCUUCCCUGUAGGGUUGACGUCAAAGAUGGGGGCAUGCUAAUGCCAGGUGACACAGGUGAGGUGAACUUGACGCUUUCGAAAAAGAUGAUCCUUCAGAUUGGACAGAGUUUCACAAUCCGCGAACUCGGACGGAUCGUAGCAACAGGGAUCAUCACAGGAACGUUACCCGAUGUAAAAAUUUGCACGUAUCAAUUAGGAAUGGCUGACAUUGAUGUAUAGAUAGGCAAAUAUGUUGCUAGAAUGAUUUUUCUGUCACGUUCUGAUAUAUCAGUGGCGACCAAUGUAGCUCUUGCGGAUCUGAAAUUAUAUGGCAUCAUGCUGCCAUAAUUACUGCGGCAUAAGGUUCCUGUUGGUGGUCAUUUUCAAGCAAAUCGAACCAGACUUGCAGGAUCAUUAGUCUAGUCUACACUGGUAUAUAAAGUGGUAACCUUAAUAGAAGGAUAAGGUCAGAUUUUGCGGCUGGUAGCAUAUAGCUCUCUAUAAGAAUCACGUAAGAAAAUGGAAAUAGAUUCAAUAGUUGUAAUUUAUUAAACUUCGAAAUUGUUUUUAAACAUUUUCGAAGAUUUUUAUGCUUAUUACAUCACGAAGCGUACUAAGCAUAACAACUAAGCCGGCUUAGGUAAGUCUAUUUGUUUGGUGAUCGCUUAAAAAUUAACCCUGUAAAUAAAAUUGAUUAUAGUUAAUAUAUUUCAUCAAUAUUUGAAAUAUUCUGCUAACCAAGGGCUGUUGUUUAAAUACUCUGGGUUGUGUCUGUGCUCGUUACUAGCGAUAAGUAUACUUUUUCGGAAGUAAAUAAAUGUACUUGUAUGGCACCGUGGCAAGUUCUUACACUUGAAUCUUCAAUUAGUAGUGCAUUAUGAUACUUCUAUGAACGGAGAACAAGUUCAACACAACCUUGGAUUCACUAUAGAAUUAAUUGGGACAACAUGAAACUUAUUCUCAUUUGAGAUAAGUUAUGUUUUCAGUAGACUUGCAGUAACAUCUUAUUAUAGUCAGUUGCUUUUCAUCUAGAUAUUUGCAUGUACGGCGCUUGUAAUAGACAUAUUUAGCCGAAGAUAAAAUUCCGGUAAAUAAAAGGCCGGUUUUAUCCUGUUAAAACACGAUAAGGUGCCUUAGUUAAUUUAGCUGGCUUUCCUUCGUAUGAUACAUCUUUUUUAUAAAAACUUUAAAAAAAACAUUAUAAGCAGACUACGAUUUUCUAGAACGGUACUAGGUGAUUUCGUCUAAAUGAUCUACUAAGAAACAUAUUCAAAUAUUGAUCUAUUUUUUUUUGUCCAUCUAGUUGACGAUUGUCUUCCUAAACUAUUCAGGCUAAAUAAAUAAAUGGAGCUUUGAGAGCUCCAACUAAAAUCACUUGUUUUAGAAUUAGAUUCCGAAUGCGUGCUGUGGGUAACUUGCAUGCAACAAAAAAAAAAAGCCUUAUUUAAACAAAUUUGCAUUUAGAACAAAAAUGACAGUGUGGACUCGAAUACCUUAAUCAGGAGUUUCUUCUAGCUUUAAGUCUAAACAGUUAAAAAGCUUUAUCUAGUAUUGUAUCUGGACCCAAAAAAAAAUCUGCAGCUUUACUGCAUUAGCUUACUUGUUCCCUAGAAAUGGUUUUGUUAGUCUAAAAAUAGUGUCGUUGCUUUCCCUAAGCUGCAAAAGGAUCUGGGAGCAGUCGCGACGGUUCUGUAGAAGCGCAUUUAGGUAGUAGCUGUGAAUAAGGCUUUCCAGCAACAUAUAUCUAUGAUAUACACCCAGCACACUCAAGGAGACUCUUGCUAAUGCCAUCCUGUGGUGAUGCGCAGUUUUAAUCUUCCUGAAAGCCUCUAGACUGUCCGCCAGUGCAAAUGUGUAGCACAUACAUGCUUUUGCUUGCAUGACUCCGUGAAUAUCGUCCCAUGGCGCCGCUUGAUCCUAUUGUGCGCUCUCGUUUCAACUAAUCAAAGGGUAACGUCAUCGUCAGCAGCUACAAACAGGGACGGCUGGUGUCAUUGGGCUAACUAACUCGACUAGCUAUUGAUAUAGCCGGCGGACAUAAUGAGCGAAGCGGGUGUAGGCACAACGGCAGGAAUUGAAAUUCCCGGCACCCGAGAUGACUAUCAAGAGACGGAUCGAAGUGUCGCUUCUGAUGGAUUUGAGUCCGGAGGGCUGGCCACUCCCCCGAAUACGCCUAUAUCUACCUCACUCACCCCCAACAAUAGCCUGCUGUUGUCCAAGUCAUGGUUUGCUGAACAGUUUCACAGGCAAAUGAUGACACAUCAUACGCAUGCCGGCUUUACUGAAUCAACCGAAAGGAUUUAUCAGUCAACAGGGAGCCACCAGCCACCGGACAAGUCCAGUGGUCUUGUGAAGGGUGGAAAAGACAAGGAUAGCCCCAGCUAAAAUAGACCAUCUACACUAGCGCCACCUCUACGAAUAUUUGCUCUGCCGUCAUCUUGCUUGCAUAAUCUCAAAUAUGAAGAUUUAGGAUCUUCCACUUGUAAGGGCUGGGUGAUUGUACGGUUUGCCGUCAUUUGUAUUUGUUUGUGCCGAUGUCGAUAUGUGGAGUUAUUUGAUUACUAUCCAAACGUAGAGGCUGGAUAAUUCAGACAAUUUACACUUUGUGGACACAGCAAAAAGAACGAAAGUAUAAGAAUAGAACAAGACUACUCUACUGCAUUCUGUUAAAACAGAGUAUUACAUAAAAAUCUAAUGUAUAGUAAAAUCUUGCUUAUGCUGCAGGCCGCGUGCCCGAUAAGUCAGAUUAUUCAGUUUAUAUUAAUCGGCCUGUACUCGUAGCAUGUGCUUAUAUCGCUACGUUAUGGGUAAUGCACACCGAUGUGGAAACUGCAUAAAGAACAGGUUGUAAAUAGAGUAAUAAGACGAAUAGCCCUAUUGUUGGUGGCCAUACGUAGUUGCUUAAUUUAUGAGUAAAGCAUGCACCGCGAACGCGUCAUUCACUCAUCGCUCAGAUAAUAAUUGGAAUCCGCACACGCACGGCCAAUCAGUAUUUGUUUGUGUCAUAACAAUACUGUAAAACAUCACACAGCAGCUCGACACGGCGCAGCUUUUGGAUAGAUCUAAUUAUAUAUAUAUAUACAUACACACACACAUAUCUAUAUACAGAAAGAGAGAGAACGAGGGAGAAGAGUACAUACCUAUUUAAGCAAAUGACGUUGACCAAUAUGUAAAAACAACAAAUAGUAAAAAUAUGUGAACGAAAUUCAGAUAGCAGUGAUGUCUCACGCCCAAUGUCUUUCAUGAAUGGGAUUAAAACUCUCUCCUCUCACUGGAGCGUAAAAGUAUCAAGUCAUAAAUCAAGAAAAACUACUUUCAACGCUAUUUUUUCAGAUUUCGUAUUUAGCGCCAUGCCGUACUUACGCAUACGCGCGCAUCAUAUACAUGAAAAAUGAAUUAUAAUAUACUCGCAUUAUGUAACAGGCUUGUUAUUAUUUUUGUUUACUUUAUUCCAAUAAAGUAAUUGAUGAGUUCAAGCAUU